AUGGCCAUAGCUGAGCAAACACAGCCUGGGUGGGCCUCUUAUCACAACCCUCACACCACCAACUGCCAGGAUCUGGGCAACUCCAUCCUGUUGCUGUUGGGCCUCAUCAUCUGCAUUAACAUUGGAAUCAAUCUGGUGACCCUGCUCUGGCAGAGACUCCGUUACUUCUUAUGCCGAAUGUUCAAUAAUAUUUGCGUGAAAGAAACCUGUACGUCAUCCUUAAGUGGGAAGCAGACCACCAGUAAGCCCUCAAGAAGACAGAGCCGCCCCGAAGUCCACAUCCGAUGCACCAUGGAUCCUGUGAAAAUGACCAUGACUCCUCCACCCUCUCGUCGCUGUCGCCACCGUGACCUCCCAGCACACUGUGACCACCACCCAGUCAGCUGGAACCCCGACAAUGACAACAAAAAGCCCCUGCCUCAGCACCCUGCAAGCUGCGCCCACAACUGGGAACCCACUGAGAGCUGGGCAAGUUUCCAGGCCAACCAGGGGAUCUGGGACCCCUGGGCCCAGGACAGUGUGGAGCCAUCUUCCCAGGCCAUCCGCUUGCAGCAGACCAAAGGGGGAAGGCCCCACAAAACAGAUGUCCACUCAGAGGUAGGCCUUGAGGCCUACGUGUAUCCUGUGAACCCUCCACCUUCCAGCUGCGAGGCCCUGAACAACAAAAACAGCAGGGCAGAGGCAGAGGUCACUCACUGCUCCCAACCUCCUGUUCUGGGCCCAGCAAUGGUCCCCGACAUCCCCCAGCGCCGGUCCUCCGUCCGAGUGGUUUAUGACGCCCUUGAUGUGAGGCGGCGCCUACGAGAGCUGACAAGGGAGAUAGAGGCCCUGUCUCAAUGUUAUCCCCUGCCCCCCAAGCCCUUAGUGGCUGAAAGGACAGAGCAGAGCUGGAUUUACCGUCCCGUGGUGGGGAAGUAA